UAUAUAUUUAAAUUGGUAAUAGUGAGCAAUUUGGUCAGUAUUUCCAAUUUCUUUCUCAAACUUUGAUAUUGUUAAAAGGCCUGCUUAAAUAAACAAAAUAUCACGAAAAAAAAUAUUGCAAUCAAUUAUACAUAUUUGUAAUUUUACUUCAGAGCUAAACCUAAAUCUAACCUCAAUCUAGGAAAAGCCCUAGAAAAUUUCAUUUUUAUUUUGCAAUGUAAUGUAUAAACAUUUUACUAUUAGCUACUAUUACAUGUGGGCAUAUUUACAUAAUCGCAAAAGUAAGAUAAAUAGCACUGAAAUGUGUUCCUUGUACAAAAGUACUUAACGUAGUUAAAAGAUGAUAAUAAAUAUUAUCGUAAGGAAAUUGUAGAGUAGAUUAAUAUUACACAUGGAAAAAAAUGUUACAACAACGAAAAUCACCACUACUUUUCGAAAUAUUUUACGAAUGUCAAACUACAAAAGCUAGAACUAGUAGGAUGACUCUCAUUCAUCAUCAUGUGGAUACACCAGUAUUUAUGCCAGUAGGUACACAGGGUACUUUAAAAGGCAUAUUACCUCAACAAUUAGAACAAUUGAAUUGUCAAAUUAUACUUGGAAAUACAUAUCAUCUUGGAACAAGACCUGGUCUUAAUAUAAUGCAGAAAGCUGGUGGUUUACAUAACUUUAUGAAUUGGAAAAGAGCAUUAUUAACAGAUUCUGGUGGUUUUCAAAUGGUAUCGUUACUAGAACUUGCUAAAAUUACGGAAGAAGGUGUCAAGUUUAAAUCACCAUAUAAUGGAACAGAUUGCAUGUUGACACCUGAACAUUCUAUACAAAUACAAAACAUAAUAGGAGCAGAUAUAAUUAUGCAACUUGAUGAUGUUGUUAAAACUACAUUAACAGGACCAAGAGUAGAAGAAGCAAUGCAUAGAACAACUAGAUGGUUAGAUAGAUGUUUAAAAGCACAUCAGAGAUCAAAUGCGCAAAGUAUAUUUCCAAUUGUACAAGGAGGUCUUGAUCCUAAACUUAGAUCAGAAUGUGCAAAUCAAUUAAUUAAACGUGAAGUGAAUGGCUAUGCUGUAGGUGGAUUAAGUGGUGGAGAAUCUAAAGAUGAUUUUUGGAGAAUGGUACACCUUACUACAAAUAUACUUCCAAAAACUAAACCACGUUAUUUAAUGGGUGUUGGAUUUGCUAUUGAUUUAGUUAUUUGUUGUGCUUUGGGAAUAGAUAUGUUUGACUGUGUAUUUCCUACAAGAACAGCGAGGUUUGGUUGUGCUUUGGUACGUACUGGUCAAUUAAAUUUAAAACAAGUUCAAUAUCGUAAAGAUAUGAGGCCAAUAGAUGAAUCGUGUGAAUGUAGUACAUGCAAAACAUACACACGUGCUUAUCUUCAUCAUAUUGUAACGGUAGAAACAGUUGCAUGUCAUUUGCUAUCUGUUCAUAAUAUUGCAUUCCAAAUGAAAUUGAUGAAAGAUAUUAGACAAAGUAUCCAAGAACAAAGAUUCCCAGAAUUUAUACAGCAAUUCAUGUUAGAUUUGUUUCCAAACAAGGAAUAUCCCCCAUGGAUAGUUAAUGCAUUGGAAGCUGUUAAUGUUACAUUAUUAUAGUAAUAAUUAUUAUUUAUUUUCAUAAUAAAAUAUGUCUUGUAUAAUUUUUUAAUGUCCUUUAUAGAAAUAAAUGUUU